AGCUAAAACCUUUUCCUUUUUCUCAGAAAGAAAGACGCGAUUUUCCUAUUACAAUUUUUUCCCUUGUUGGGUAUAGAAAUUUUUUUUUACCGUCAAUUAUUUAUUUAUUAUUUAUAGAAAAGUUUAGAAUUCUAGAAAAAUUGGAUAAAUUUUUGAUUGCGUCAAAAUAUUCUGCCAAGUGAAUUUAUAAGGUUAUCUAGCGUUACAUUUUCAAUUUAUAAAGAUGCAUUUUUUUCUAUAUUCAUGCAUUUUGUAUUUGAUUUGAUGCAAUGUCUGAUAUAAAUUCAGAAGUGCACAUCAAAAAUAAAACGACCAGCCUUCUCACAGAUUUACGAAGAUUCAGAUUUAAGAAGAUAGUGAAGAAAAUGAACACGUCCGACGAAGAUAGUAAUAUGAGUCCCGAAAUAACAGUUCGGCGAAAAGCGGUGAAUCGUAUCGAGGAUAGCGACAGUGAUGUUGGCAGUUCAACAAAACUUGCCAACUCAGAUUCUGAUCGAAGUUCUGAAUCUAAUGACAAACAAGAGAAAAUUAAGUACCUGAUAAAACUGUUUCCGAAAAAAGAUUCCGAGCAACUCGAGGUAGUAUUGGCAAAAUGCGACUGGAAUCUUGAGGAGGCAGAAGAAUCUCUCAAUAAACGUAGGAAAAGAUCUCACGCUCCCAAAGGUAAGAAACGUAAUAAAAAGCGUAGAAAAAUGAGGGACGAUGAAGAGGAUGUUGAUGUCGAUUCAGAUGAAGCCAAUUAUUCCAGCAAAGUAUUCGAUAGCGAUGAUGAUUCAGACGUCGAAGUAUCAAACCAUCUGACAAGUGAUAAAAAAGCAGUAUUAGACUUUAUGCAAAUUGCUAUGCCGUCCGAAUUUUUAUUAAUGCAUCAGUGUACGCAGAAAAAAGUGGACGCAAUUAUUGCAGCCAGGCCUUUUACCAGUUGGCGAGAUAUCGUUGGAAAAUUUCAAAACAAUAAAUUUUUAGACACUGAACUCUUAAACUCCGCGCAGUCGUUGCUGGCAACAAGAAGCGUUGUGGAAAAUCUCAUGAAGAAAUGUUUGCGAUUAUCAACAACAAUGGAGAAGGCAGUUUCUGCAGGUUCAGCGACAAUCACUCAGCAGCCAGCGGGAAUUCCAGACGAUUUAAAAUUAGCCCCUUAUCAAAUGGUGGGAUUGAAUUGGUUGGCUGUGAUGCAUGCUCAUGGUGUUAAUGGAAUUCUAGCCGAUGAAAUGGGUCUCGGUAAGACUAUUCAAGUAAUUGCUUUUCUCUCCUAUCUUAAGGAAUCCGGAUUCUAUGAUGAAAACGAUGGACCGCAUUUGAUUGUCGUUCCAAGUUCCACAAUGGAGAAUUGGUGUAAUGAAUUGGAGCGAUGGUCACCAGACUUGAAAGUUGUUAAGUAUUACGGUUCACAGGAUGAACGACGGGAUAUGAGAAUGGGAUGGCGAAGUGGUGAUUUAGACGAUGUUGAUAUUAUUUUGACGACUUACAAUCUUAUAAGCAGUACACCGGAGGAAAGACGAUUGUUUCGUGUGAUGCCUAUUCAAUAUGUUGUUUUCGAUGAAGCGCACAUGCUAAAAAAUAUGGGCACAAUUCGCUAUGAGAAUCUUGUCAAAAUUAAUGCGAAACAUCGAAUUCUCCUAACUGGAACUCCAUUGCAAAAUAAUUUACUCGAACUAAUUUCACUUUUAAUAUUCGUCAUGCCUACAUUGUUCGCUGGAAAGCAAGCAGACUUGAAAAGUUUGUUCUCGAAAAAUCCUAAAGUAUCGGCAACGAAGGACAGUAAAGACAAGCCGCUCUUUGAAUUGGAGCAAGUUAAGAAUGCCAAGCAAAUAAUGAAACCAUUUGUAUUGCGUCGUCUAAAGUCAGAAGUUUUACGCGAUCUUCCGAAAAAGUCUGAAGAAGUCAUGAGAGUUCCUAUGAUUGAGAAGCAAAAGGAAAUGUACAGAAAUUUAUUGAGUGAAUUCUCAGAUGAGGCGAAUAAGCAUAAUGUAAUUAACGGAGUUGGAAUGAUGAUGCAAUUGAGAAAACUCGCAAAUCAUCCACUUUUGUUUAGAUCCUAUUACACUGAGGAUAAACUGAAGACAAUAUCAAAAAGACUUGCCAUGGAAUCGGGGUACAAGCAGAAAAAUCCAGAUUAUGUUUUCGAGGAUUUAUUAUGGAUGUCUGAUUAUCAGAUCAAUCAACUCUCUCGAACAUUCAAGAGCAUUGCAGGAUUUGGUCUACCGUUGGACUUCAUUCCCGAGUCGGGGAAAUUGAAAGCCCUCGAUGAACUUUUGCCGAAACUGAAGGAGGAAGGACAUCGAAUUUUAAUUUUUAGCCAAUUCACCAUGGUUCUGGAUAUUCUGACAGAGUACUUGACUCUUAGGAAUCAUAGACAUUAUAGAUUGGACGGCCAAACUCCAGUAACCGAGAGACAGGAAAUGAUUGAUGAGUUCACUCACGACAAAUCGAUUUUCAUUUUUCUAUUAUCGACACGAGCUGGAGGUUUAGGAAUUAAUUUAACAGCAGCGGACACUGUUAUUAUUCACGACAUUGAUUUUAAUCCGUACAAUGAUAAACAGGCCGAAGAUCGUAGUCAUCGAGUCGGACAAACCAAACCCGUGAGAAUAAUAAGGCUGCUAAGUGAAGGAACAAUAGAAGAAGGAAUGUAUCAAAUAGCACAAGAAAAAUUACAUUUAGAGCAACAAAUCACUGGUAAUGAAGAAAACGAGGCUGGUGAUAAGAAAGGAGUCCUAAAAUUAUUGAAAAUAACUCUUGGAUUAGAUAUUCACAAUAAAUCACUGACACUCUCACCCGUGAAGAAUUCUCAUGAUCUGGAUGGACUGACAGAAAAGGAAAUGGAUAAUUGUGAAUUAGACGAUUAGCAAAAUUCUCAAGUGCGACGUGUGAGUGAUUUUACACGAAAUUGUAAUUAAAAUAAUUUUUGACAUUUUCAUACGUAUUUACAAAUUAGGAUACAUAAGUUAUACAAGUUUUUCGACCGUUCACUUUUUUUUAAAUGUGAAUAUUGUUAUGAAUACACACAAAUUGUGAAUCGUAAUUCUUAUUUAUUUCUCGCGAUUAGGUAGGAAAUUUAUUUAACCCUCGCAGGAACGAAAGGGAAUUUUUUUUAUACUUGCCUUAUUCAAGUUUUGAUACUCGUUUUUUUUUUUUUUUUUUGAAGUAUAAUUUACUGUGAUAAAUUAGCUGAAAAUAAAUAGAAAAUUUACUAAUCUAAUGAAAAAAGAACAUUGUCUGAUGCUGCGAGAAUAAAUUGGAAUAAUUUUAAAAUUAUUUUAUUUAACUUUACCUGCUUUUUUAGACAAGGUUUGACGACAUUGUGGUGUCUUUUAGUUGUUUUUAUUUAAAUAGUUGAUAAUUGUGAUGAUUGCCGAAAAUUACGAGUGAAUGUUUGCUCAAUUAAACUUUUAUAAUUUAUAAAUUGCGCUUUGAUAUGAAAUAAUUGUACCUCUGAGGGUUAAUAAUUCUUCUUGUUUUAGAGAACCACUUAUAUUUUUAUACUAUAUUGUUGUUUUGCUGGCGACAGUGGAAUGUUUAUUUACAGCCUAUUUAUAUUAAUUCAAACACAGUGAAACACGUAAUUUAAUAAACAAUUUGCUUCAAGAAA